AUGGCCAUGGAGCCGUUUUGGGACCCGGAUGAGCCACCAAGUGCCUUUUUCCCUGCUCAUCCUGCAGCAACCAGCAACCCCUUGCUGCUGUCGACCUUUUGCCCAGACGAUGGUCUUGACCCUCUUUCAGGCUGGAGAGGCGGAAGCCAGCCGCCUUAUGCCGACAUUUUUGAUACGACAGGCUUUGAAGCCAACAAUGCCCUCCAGGAGCCCAACUGCGAAUACCCAACUCUAUAG